CCGUUCGGAACUUCGGAUAAAUAGCAGAAAGUUAAAGUCAAAAAGUAAAAAAUCGUUUCUUCCACAAAUUCAAAAUUCCCUUCUUGUGUUUUGUGCCCGGUAAUGAACAGAACAACGGCGAUGGAUCCAAAACCCUUCUUCAAACCUCGCUAGAAACGCUCUGUUUCUUGCUUCCUGGAAAUGCUUGAGGUUUCCAGGGAAUGUUGGAUGUGCACGGUUUUGUAGGCUUGACUUUUCUGUCGUGGCUGCUGGGGAAAUUCUAGGAAAUGCACUGAACUAUUUGAGGCCAUGAUUUAUGGGUAUUAGAUUUUUGGAUUGCUUGUAUCUCGGGAUUUUAGGAAAUCAUACCUUUACUGGUAAGAUGGUUUCAACUGGUAAGAUGGUUUCAACUGGUAAUGUGGAGAGUGGUCCUAAAGCAAAUAUUCAAAUCCCUCUUUCUGCGUCAACAUCUAGGAAGGGGCUAUUAGGAGACAGUGAUCCUCCUAUUGGAACUAUCAAAAAAAAACUUCCCAGUAGAUUUAGCACCCUGAAUUUUAGUUCUGGUGGUGGGUUGCUUUCCCCCUUGCGUAAAUUUCAGCAUAAAGGAGUAGAAAGAGACAAAAUCUUCCAAUCUGUACCUGAUUCUAUCGGUAAAGGUCGUCACAAACGUCUCAAUGGGGUUUUUUCCCGGAAAAUCAAUUGGGCUUCUGUAUGGAAUAGGAGUAAAGAAUGGAUAAGGAAGCCUUUGAGCAUGGCACUUCUUUUAUGGAUAACUUGUGUUGUUGUCUCAGGGGCAAUCCUCUUUCUGGUAAUGACAGGAAUGUUAAAUGGUGUUUUGCCAAACAAAGCACAGAGAAAUGAAUGGUUUGAGGUCAAUAAUCAAAUCAUCAACGCUCUCUUCACUCUUAUGUGUUUGUAUCAACACCCAAAGCGUUUCCACCACCUUUUCCUCUUGUGCAGAUGGAGCCCCAAGGAUAUCACCCAACUCAGAGCAAUAUACUGCAAGAAUGGCACUUACAAACCCCAUGAGUGGACUCACAUGAUGGUUGUCAUUCUUCUUCUCCAUGUGAAUUGCUUUGCUCAAUAUGCCUUGUGUGGACUAAAUUUGGGUUAUAAACGAUCAAAACGACCUGCCAUUGGAGUUGGUGUAUGCCUUUCUGUUGCGAUUGCAGCUCCAGCUGUUGCUGGUUUGUACUCCAUACUUAGCCCCCUUGGGAGAGAGUAUGAUUUGGAAGUGGAUGAGGAAGCACAGGAUCAAAUCCUCACAAUUGGCAGUACUUGUUCAAGUCAAGUAAAGGUGAAGUCCUUGGAGAGGAGAUUUUCAUUUGCAUCAAGCAAGGACAAAAGAACUAUUGAGAACAAUCCCGUUUGGAGAGGUGGGGUACUCAAGUUAUGGGAAGAUAUUAAACUAGCAUAUCUCUCUCUCUUCUGUUGUUUUUGCGUUUUUGGUUGGAAUACGGAAAGACUUGGAUUUGGGAACACAUAUGUUCACUUGGCAACUUUCCUCCUCUUUUGCACUGCUCCUUUCUGGAUAUUUACCUUGGCUGCUGUAAACAUUGACAAUGAGACUGUCAGAGAAGCUUUGGGAAUAACUGGAGUUGUGCUUUGUGUCUUUGGUUUACUUUAUGGAGGCUUUUGGAGGAUCCAAAUGAGGAAAAGAUACAAUUUGCCUGCAUAUAACUCGUGUUGCGGAAAACCAGCAAUUGCAGAUUGUGCACUGUGGCUGUUUUGUUGUUGGUGUUCUCUUGCUCAAGAAGUCAGGACCGCGGAUUUCUAUGACAUUGUGGAAGAUAAGUUCUGCAGAAAGCAGAUGGAUGAGAACAAGCCGUCACUAACCCCUUUGCCUCGUGAAAAUGGGUUGUUUGUGUUAUCAUCUGGCCCUACGUCUCCAUCUUGGAACAGUACAGUUCUACUGUCCGAGCAUGCAACAGAGGAUUCCCUUGGUGGAAGCAGAUUUUCCAGAAACGGUAACGAAAUGGAUGCAGAGGUUCCUGAGGUGGUGGAAGAUCUGUUUAGUAAAAUGUCUAAAUGUUUGAAGCCACCUAUUCCUCCAUUGAUUCAGGGAGAAUAUCUUACCAAUUAGAGCAUUUUAUUUUGAGGGGAAAAAAUCUUUUUUGCAGAACAAUAUUUUUGCAUGUAACCGCUGAAAGCCUGAAACUUUUAUAUGUAGAGAGAGUGGAUGUAUCUUGCAGUAAUUACUCAGCAUUCUU